AUGCGCUUCUCACUACUUCAGAUUGGCGCCGUCCUUGGGUUGGCUGCCUCAGUCAGCGCUUCUUCGCCUGGCCGCAAUGUUUUCGAACGCGCGGAGAAAUUGAGGGCAAAGGCUCCUAUCAUUGAAAAGAGAGAGAUUGGCAAGCCCUUUGAACACCCUAGACUUCAGAAGAGAGCUUCGCCCUACCUAAACAAUGCGACCGAGAAGUUCUGGGUAAACGGAUCUGCCAUCCCUGAUGUCAAGUUUGAUGUUGGCGAGUCCUACGCUGGUCUUCUGCCCAUCAGUGGUGCUGCCAACGAGACACGCGAGCUUUUCUUCUGGUUCUUCCCCUCGACCAAUCCUAACGCCACCGAGGAGAUUGCUAUUUGGUUCAACGGAGGUCCUGGAUGCAGUUCGCUCAGUGGACUCUUGACGGAGAACGGUCCAUUUACUUGGGAAGCUGGCACGCUCGAGCCUGUCCAAAACCCCUACACGUGGGUUAACCUGACCAACAUGCUCUGGGUCGAACAGCCCGUUGGAGUCGGCUUCUCCCAGGGUGUGCCCAACAUCACCAACGAAGCUGAACUUGGUCUGGAAUUCGCUGGCUUCUACAAGCAGUUCGUUGACGCUUUUGGCCUUCACAACUGGAAGGUCUACCUGACUGGCGAAUCCUACGCAGGCUUCUAUGUACCUUACAUUGCCGAUGUCUUCAUCAACAUGACCGACUCUGUGUACUACAACCUGCAGGGUAUCGCUAUCAACGAUCCCAUCAUUGGCGAUGAAACAGCCCAGCAGCAGGCUGUCAUCGUGCCUUACGUCGACUACUGGGAGAACGUCAUCUACCUCAACGACACUUUCCUGAAGCAGAUCCACGACCGCGCCGACCAGUGCAACUACACCUCGUACUUGGAGAAGUACUUGACUUUCCCUCCGCCCCAGGAGAAGUUCCCCCUUCUUCCCAACCCUUACGCCUCCGACACCUACGAGUGUGACAUGUUCGACACUGUCUACGAGGCAAUCCUUCUGGUCAACCCCUGCUUCAACAUCUACCACAUCACCGAAACCUGUCCUCACCCAUGGUCAAUUCUCGGCGGUGUCAACACUGGUGACUACAUUCCCUUGGGAGAGGUUGUAUACUUCAACCGCACCGACGUCCAGAAAGCCAUCAACGCUCCUGUCGGCACCAACUGGCAGCAAUGCACCAGCGUCAAUGUCUUCGGUGGAGCCACUCAGAACCAAUCGUUGAGCGACACCAGCCCCGGCCCUGCUCUCGAUGGUACCCUCCAGCGCGUCAUCGAGUUCACCAACAAUACAAUCAUUGGUUCAGGUAACCUGGACAUGCUGCUUUCCACCAACGGUACUCUUGUCGCUAUCCAGGGCAUCGAGUGGAACGGUAAGCAAGGUCUUCAGGAGUACCCUGGCAAGGAAUUUAUCGUCCCAUACCACCCCGAGUACAACGGUGGUGCUCUCUCAGGAGCUGGCAAGGUUGGAUACUACGGUUCCGAGAGAGGUCUCACUUUCUACACUGCUCAGCUCGCCGGCCAUGAACUUCCUGGCUACGCUCCUGGCGCCGCAUACCGCUCCAUCGAGCUCUUGCUUGGACGCAUCGAUUCUCUUGCCUACGAUGGCGACUUCACCACACAAACUGGAAAUUUCACUGGCAACGGAACUAUCUACGCCGAGAGAAUGUUCUACUAG